GUACUAUUACUUGUUAGUAAUGGCGGUCAACGAUUUGUUGUUUCCAAAGAUUACAAGUUGAAGAGUCCCUGUUAGCGCUAAUAUUAUAACAGAUAAUUCAUUAUACUUUGAACGAAACAAGAAGAGGUUUUUUAAUAACUUCAUGACUUCCUUAUUCAUGAGCUUUUAGUAUUUUAAAUAGUACUGAAAUUGCAGAAAUAUGGCCGAAUAUUUAGCGGCUAUAUUUGGUACUGAAAAGGAUAAGGUAAAUUGCUCAUUCUAUUUUAAAAUAGGAGCUUGUCGACAUGGUGAUAGAUGUUCGAGAAUUCAUAACAAACCAACUUUUUCGCAAACUGUGUUGCUACAAAAUUUAUAUGUAAAUCCACAAAACUCAGCCAAGUCUGCUGAUGGCAGUCAUUUGGUUGUGGCAAAUGUAUCGGACGAGGAGAUGCAGGAGCACUAUGAUAACUUUUUUGAAGAUGUUUUUGUUGAAUGUGAAGAUAAAUAUGGUGAAAUUGAGGAAAUGAAUGUAUGUGACAACCUCGGAGAUCACUUAGUAGGCAAUGUUUAUAUUAAGUUUCGCCGAGAGGAAGAUGCCGAGAAGGCUGUAAAUGACCUCAAUAACCGCUGGUUUGGAGGCCGGCCUGUUUAUGCUGAGUUGUCUCCUGUAACUGACUUCCGUGAAGCUUGCUGUCGUCAGUAUGAAAUGGGGGAAUGUACCAGGAGUGGCUUUUGUAAUUUCAUGCACUUGAAACCAAUUUCAAGAGAACUGAGGAGAUACCUGUACGCUCGUCGUAAGGGCGGCCGCCGGUCCAGGUCCAGGUCUCGUGAGCGUCGCCGGCGAUCGAGAUCGCGCGACCGUCGCCGCGAGCCGCCUCGCAACUCGCGCUCUGGACGGUACUGAACACUAUUCACACAACACAAGGUUGGAAAUCACUUGACAUGUACAUGGUACAGUUAGAGCCUUUCAUUUACAAAUAAUUGUGUAUAAACCAAACUAACUUACUAGGUUAUACAAACAUUGUCGCUAUAUCAUCCUAUGCAAGGCUUAGGAUGGAAACGUUGUUGUAGUAACAGUCUAUCAAUUAUAACAAUAUGACAUACACUAUAAAGCAGUUAUAUCAGUAAUAGUUUUCUACAUUGUGAAUAGUUUACGGAGUAAGUUAAGAAAAUAAUUAAAUUCAUUAUAUUCAUAUAUAACAAUGAAAGGCUGUAUUUUAACUGGUUCAUAGCAAGUGAAAACAUUGUGUUUCCUAAGACCAUAGUAAUCACCAAUACACAUAUGAUAAACUUUGAAAUAACUAAAACAUGUCUUCAUAUCAACAGUGGAAUAUCCACUGCUUGUUUCAUAAAUUACAACCAUUUAGUUGUUUUGUUAAAGUGCAGAACAAGUUGUAUAUCAAAGUCAAUCCGUUGGCUCCUAGCAGUCAAGCCAAUGGAUGCCGCUGUCUGUGGUUACUAUGUGUCUAAUGUACUGUAAUAUUGUUGAGAUAAUGCAAAGCAGCUUAUUUAACUCCUUCGUGUCUACAACUGAAGUUAAUGUCAAAAUAGAUAUGAUUUAAUAAAACCAACUCGUCUGAUACUCUAAAGACAUUAUUGCAGUAUAUCUCUAUUUUUAAUAUAGUUUAUUUUUUAAGAAAAUGUGACAGAUUGCAGUAAAUAUAAGAAUUAAUUCCAUAA